GCUUUUAUGCAUUCUCGCAUUCUUUUUCCUUAUUUCGCACGGAGCCACCCGGAUCGAUAAGCAACCUCCGAAACUAAAGUUGAAUUUGUUUUCUUCUCCGAGACUCGAUUUUUCUCCUUUUCCGAUUCCGAUCAAACAAGACAUCUCCGCCGUUUCCACCGCAACCGGUACACCUUAAACUGAAUCCAGAAAAAUCAGAGACAUGGGAGCAUUUGCAUCGAGGUUUUGGUUCAUGAUGUUCCCUGCAAAAGAGUAUAAGAUCGUUGUUGUUGGUUUGGAUAACGCCGGUAAAACGACGACGCUUUAUAAGCUUCACUUGGGUGAAGUUGUCACCACUCAUCCUACCGUAGGAAGCAAUGUCGAAGAGCUCGUUUACAAGAAUAUCCGCUUCGAGGUUUGGGAUCUUGGUGGGCAAGAUAGGCUAAGAACAUCAUGGGCAACGUACUAUAGAGGAACCAAUGCUGUAAUCGUGGUUAUCGAUAGCACAGACAGAGCUCGGAUCUCUUUCAUGAAAGACGAGCUUUUCAGAUUACUUGGCCAUGAGGAUCUUGUGAACUCGGUGAUACUCGUGUUUGCAAACAAACAGGACCUGAAAGACGCUAUGAGCCCAGCUGAGAUCACAGACGCGCUUAACCUUCACAGCAUCAAGAACCAUGAUUGGCACAUUCAAUCAAGCUGUGCAGUCACUGGAGAAGGGUUGCAUGAUGGGCUUGGUUGGAUUGCCCAGAAAGUUACUGAGAAAGCUCCCAGCUAAGAGGAGAAAGUCAGACAAAUGCGAUAUCACAUAACCUCUCCCAUUUUCAUUUUUAUGUUUCAUUAACUGUUUCUUUAUACAGUUCCAGUUCAUGUAUUUGGCUUUCUCUGAUUUGAGUUGUAUGUAUUUUCGUCUAUCAAGAAAAACCUAAACAUCUCAUGAUGGAGAUCCUCGGAUUCAAUGGAAAGUUAGACGACGAUUAUUUACAA